AUGAGUACCACUAGUUCAGGCCGCCGGAAGCGUCGUGCGGGAACUCCCCCAGAAGAUAGCGAGAAUACGAAGACCACAAAGACUACAAGCACUACGGCCUACAACCGGAAUUUUGAGCAAAAGUUGAUUGACUAUGGUGUUUAUCCUGAUGGAUAUGAGUAUCCAGAUGGCCAGUUACCAGCAAUGCCAAGCAACUGGGAUGAGAUAAAUGAAAGACUUGCUCAGUCACGAUCUUCUCUUUCCCCUUCAAGGUUUCCUGAGAGCGAAUUUCGAUCCUUUAAACGAGCAGAUACCACUGCAUCUAAGGAGAAGCCUAUAACCCGCGCUGUCUUGCCAGCGAUUGAUGGCGAUAUUGGUGACCCCAAAUGCGUUGGGGGGGACUAUCCCUUUGGCAACCUCGCCCAUUUAACAGACGGUACACUGGCAAGUGCAAAACCAGAUCAUUUCUUUGGAGCUCGUCCUGAGCAGCUCAAUCCUAAAAUUCGCGAUGAGCUUAACAAGUUUAUCAUUCCCUCAACGCAGGAUUCCCUUCCUAUGGCUCCGAACUUCUUCCUUGAGGCUAAGGGCCCAGAUGGAUCACCUGCUGUAGCUACAAGACAAGCUUGCUAUGACGGUGCAUUAGGGGCUCGAGGAAUACAAAAACUCCAGUCCUAUAACCAGGAUGAGCCUGUAUAUGAUAAUAAUGCUUAUACAAUAACCUCGACUUAUCUUGCCGGCACACUAAAGCUCUACACGACUCAUCUCACCCCGCCUCAGGAAAGCAACGGCCGGCCUGAAUAUAUUAUGACCCAACUCAAAGGCUGGUCUAUGACUAGUGAUCCUGAAACAUUUCGGAAGGGGGCGUCUGCAUAUCGAAAUGCGAGAGAUUGGGCGAAAGAGCAACGGGAUAACUUUAUAAAGGCUGCAAACGAGAGGCGCCCUGAGCCCCAAUCUGAUGCCCCCUCAUCUGAACAUGAGGCGACGUCUGAGGCCACUGCCGUUCCGGGGGACUCUGAUACAUUAGCCACUUCUGAUGGAACUGAGCUCCAAGAUGCGGCCCAGUGGAGCUUUGCACAGACAGAUAACAGCGACGAAGCUCCUCCAGUUUCAACCAAAUGA